AGAUGCCGCUGCAGCGAUUCUCACUCCUUUUUUUUAUUUUAUCAGUUCUAUCCCCUACACCUCCCCUUGUCUUUGUUCUUCAGCCAUGAGCCGCCAAGGUCUAUCGAUUCCGGGCAAAACCCCCCAGGACGUCAACAUGGAGGACGAGGCCGACGAUCUGUCCAUACUCCUGUCACGCAGCGCGCCAAAGAUCGAGCGCCACAAGACCGUCGUCCCGAUCCACAAGGACGACGUGGCCUUCUCGGACUUUGACCGCGCCAUCAUUAUUGCCAUCGACGAAGGCUCCAACUCAGACAUUGUCGUCGACUGGGCUGCGGACCGUCUGCUGCGCCGGAGAAAAGACCUGGUUGUCUUGGUGAACGUGCAGCCCGAGUCAAAAUCGUGGAAGUCUCAAAAUAUCGGGGGCUCGCUCGCCCGGCCAUUCAACCGCCUGUCCAAGCCUGUCCAGCCCGAGACCAUUACCAUUGACAACGAGGCGAAGGAGCGGUGCCGGGAGAUCCUGUCGCCCUAUGCCGAGAGGCUACAAAAGGACGGCUUUGUCGUCAAGGGCAUCUGCCUCAUUGGCAACCCAAAGGAGGUCCUGGUGGCAAGCUCCAAUAUCAAGAAGCCCACCAUGAUCGUCAUGGGCACCCACGGCCGCGGCUCCGUCAAGAGGUUCCUGAUGGGCAGUGUUGCAGAGUAUGUCCUGCACCACAGCACUAUACCGGUGGUUGUCGUGCCGAAUGGCGCCAAGAGGCCGACUGAGAGCUCUGACUAAGCCAUUCGCUUGUUGUUCUUUUACCUUCUGUUGAAAAGUUUAUCUGCCCUUAGUCCUUUAGACGCGUACCCCUGAUGCCCCCGUCACGGAAUGACUGUCCACGAGGCUGCCGAAAGGGGGAGUGGGAAUACCAAUAUGCGGCCAUGCAUCCAAGCCUCCCCACGCAGUCGCUAGCAGAAUGCGAGUAACUCGACGGGCUUUCGUUUGUUGACACAUUGGUAGUCCAAUUCUUUCCUCAGGCGAGUGGGAUGGAGCAAUUCUAGAUUUUCUGGCCAAAACAACAACCACCAGUGCCUUGGUGUGGCGCUGCACGGGCAGCAUGCUCAGGGCGCA